GGAAUCGAGUUCGCGAAACACCCAUCGCUACAAGCAGCCAUUAGUUGUUCCAAUUUCUACACAUACAGUAAAGUCUAACUGAUUUGAUUGUGAAACCAAACCUAAAUAGAUUGUGUACGAGUUAUUUUAGUCCAUAUGUAGAGUAAUUAUUUAUUGAAAAAGCGGCAUAAAUGACAUUUUAUUUUGUAAAGAAUGAAUACGAAUAAGUAAGAUUUAUAUUCUGGCAGGUAAAGUGGACACCUAAAAGACCUCGGUGUCCAAACAGGUUGAUCCAGAUAAUCUUUGUUAGAGGAUUAAAACCCCACGGAGGAGCAUAUGGCUCCAUCGAGUUCCAGACAUGAACCUUUAACCGUUCAGAGCUCUAAUCAAUGGACUCUGGCAGAGCUUCUGGGCCAGCGGAGGCGGCUGUUGGGCCUUGGAGCACUGCUGGCUUGGUUGGUCCUCUUCCAUCUUCUUGUCAAUGUCUGGCUCCUCUGCAUCUUCACUAGUCUCCUUGUGGUUCUGGGGGGUUGGCUUGGAUCCCGAGCCAUUCUGGAUGCCAACAGCCUUCUCCACUUGGAGCACUUCCUACCUCUCGGUGGGGUGACACCUCCUCUGUGCACAGCCGAACACGAGUGGAGGCUCAACCAUGAGAUACACAGUGCUGUCCACAAAGCAGUGCGCGACUUUGUGUCCUCCUGGUAUCGCACUCUGCUGCCAGAGGUGGAGGGCGAGUUUGAGCGUGCGGUGCGUAACUCCAUGCUGGAGUCUGUGAUGGAGCUGAAGGAGCGUGCGAGGCGAGUGGACAGAAAGGCUCUGGUUCAACGUCUUCUAGAGCUGUACGGUUGCCACCUGCAGAGCUACAUGACAGCCAGACGCAUGCAGCAGACACAUGGAAAGAAUGUUAGCCUUUGGCAGAUCUACCAGGAAGUGGAAAACCCUCAUCCGGCUGUGAGCGAUGCAGCUUCCGAGCUCAGCUACGCAAGAGCUGUGGUGAACCUGGUCUUGCAUGUGCUUGUUCCGUACCCUCAGAUGGAAACCAGGACAGGAGGGUACAUGGUUACGGAACUCAUCACCUGCAAUGUGCUGCUGCCGCUCAUAAGCAGGGUGUCUGAUCCCGACUGGCUCAACCAAACCAUUGUAGACAUCUCCAACAGGUCAGGUAAACCACAAGAUGGCACCCUGUACAGGUGUCAGUUCCAUGAUUCCUGGAUCACCUGUCAGUCGUCUUCGGAUCAAGCGAGCCUUGCCAGCAAGAGCAGCUCUGAUGUUUACGAGCUGUACAGCCCGGCUAGUGAGGAGGACUCACAAUGCAGCAUGCUUAGCCUGACUUGUUCUGGGAAGGCAGAGACUUGCCACGCAGGCUUGCUCACACCGUGUAAGAUCAACUGCUGCUCCCUCACAUCAGGCCAGUACUCUCACCUCCAAGACAGAAACAUGCUGUCAGUGGACUCCCUGAUGCAGUCUGACUCUGAAGACGAGACGACCAGACGUUUGUGCGAAUGCGGUCCCUCGCCCAACUUCUGCAACACUGUGAAUUUAAAGGAUGAGGUUGACGAUUUUGGCUGCUUUGCUCCACUGAAAAAUCUCGGGCCUAAAGUGGUGGUGCCUGUGGACUCCCACUGGCCUGCAGGGAUUGCUCAAGAAAAAUCCCCCGCUGGUUCUUCAAAGGGACUUUGCCUCGGCCCAUUAAACUUGAAUGCUUCAAACAAACCAUCCUCGUCAGUGAACAUCCAGAAUGUGCAAAUUGCUGGAACUGUCAGUGCAAAGGAUCAGCGUGGCACUGGAGCACAUCCUCUCUACACGAUCACGUUUGAAACGGCAACUUAUCCUGAAAACGGCGAUCUUCUGCAGCCUAUGAUUUGUCACUCGGUCAAUCGCAGAUACAGCGAGUUCCUCAACUUGCAGACACGCUUAGAGGAGAACCCUGAAGUCAAGAAGUUCAUCAAGAAUGUAAAAGGUCCAAAGAAAAUGUUCCCUGACCUUCCAUUUGGAAACACAGAUGGUGAGAAGGUGGAAGCCCGUAAAGGUCAACUGGAUACUUUCCUGAAACAAUUAAGCAGCAUUCCCGAGACAGCUAUGAGUGAGGACAUGCAGGAGUUCCUGGCUCUAAACUCAGGGGUUUGCACGUAUUUUGAAAGAAAGCCUUUUGGCAAGUCAAGAAUCGAUAAGAUGAUGGAAAAUGCUUUAGACACACUGAAGACCGCCUUUCCUCAUCCGGAGGCCUCGAGUCCUACAGAGGACCUUGAGGGAGACUCUGAUGGGAGAACAAUGGACAGCAGAAAAUACAGGAGGCUCAUGUUUCCAAGCAAAGUGUCUCCAUCGCUCAAUACACCCGACUUACAUCCUAAAGUGACUUACUGCUUUAGUGACGGCAGCCCUGUGCUCAAUGGCAUGUCCUUGUCCAGAUUGGAGAGCUUUGUCCUGGAGCAGGAAAGACUUUUAAGCGAGCCACAAGGCAGAGAGACAGCCAAGCAGAGUGAGACUUCAAGUGCCGACAAGAAGCCUUCUGGGAAAACUCAUGGCACAGACACAGCUGUGGCGGAUGUUGCUCUGAACAUCUUGUGUUUGUUGAUGAAGGACCAGUGGAGUUGGCUGUGCACUGAGAACAUCCAGAAGACCAUCAGACUCCUCUUUGGCACUUUUAUUGAGAGGUGGUUGGAUAUAGGGGUGGCCCACCUCACCAGCGCCCCCUGCUGGGUAAUUUACCUCCAAGUACUGCAGGAGGCCGUGUGGCCGGGAGGCACCCUGCCCGCUCAACCACAGCCUGAGCGCAGCGCUGCAGAAAGAGAGGAAACGAAGGAGCGAUGCUUGGAAUGUCUUAUGCAGAUACUUCCAGAGGUCAUCACUGACAUCUUAGGCAGUGAGAAGUACAGACUGAGCUUGGAGACCAUGCUGGAGUCUUUGCAGGACCACCGCAUUAACAAACAUCUCCUUUACUGCCUCUGUGAGUUGCUGCUUGACUUUCUCAUACCGGAGUGGAGUGAUGAUUCCUUCCAGACGUCUCUCGUGCACAGCCUGUCCAAAGACAAUCCCACAUGACGGACACACUACACCUCAGCUGUCUCACAGCCUGGACUGUCGGAUUGUAAGCAAUGGCGCAACAACGUAGAAGGACUGUGUUCUUGCUCAAUUUAUACUAAGGCAGUUUUAGAUGUCUAUCUUCCAGAUCCAUAAUGCUAUCCAGUACAAGAGCUUUAUUAAAAAAUCCUGCCUUUACAAAGAUCAAGAGACAUUUCCCCAAGAACAAUAUAACCUGGGAUAAGAAACACUUACUUUUACAGUGGAUGCAUUGGUAUCAAUACAAGGACUUAGAAGAUAUAAUAUAGCAUAUUCCUAAGUACAAGUAAAGUAAACUUGUAUGUGGCGCAAACCUACACAGGUUGUAUGUUUUUGUUACGUACAGAUCAUAAAACGCUUUGGUUCAAAUGAUAUUAACCAGAGCAUUAAGACACUGACAGUGUAUUAUAUACGGCUGGCCACCCGGGCCAGUAUGUUUAAAUACUGUGGUGCAGUGAUGUAGAACUGCAUUGCAUCAUACCGAGAGUUGUUUUUAAUAGUUGUAUUGGUUUGUGUGUUAUUUUCAGAUGUUGCAUUUACACACACGUCCACUUUAUUCCCAGAGAAACUGUCCCAUUAUGUUGGUGAAUAAGUGACCAAUUCUAUGAUGUGGGAGCCCUGAGUGAAAUUUCACCAAUAAAGCCAACAGUGUUGAGAUC